AUGAAUUUCUUAUCAAGCAUGGUCAAAGGCAGCGACCAGCCCAAGCCCACUUCCGAUGAGCCCAACAACUCGGCCCACAAGCCCGCCUCCAACUCAGACCUCUUCACCAGCGCCAAGGUUGUCGCGGACGCGGCCCAAGCCCAAUUCCGAAACGAGCCGGAGAAACUCGACAAGAACAAAGUCGCCGGCGCCGCCGCGGACCUCCUCGAGGCCGGCUCCGAGUACGGCAAGCUGGACGGGACCCAGGGCGUCGGGAAGUACGUCGACCAGGCCGAGAACUACCUUCGCCAGUACAGCGCCCCGAAACCCUCCGCCGACGAGCCUCCCGCCGGCGAGAAGAAGCCCGCCGCGGAAGAUCCCGCUCCCGCCGUCACCGCCGAUGAGAAAGAGGCUCCCGCCAUCGCCGCCGAUGAGAAAUCGGCUCCCGCCAUAGCCGCCGAUGAGAAAGAGGUUCCCGCCGCCGCCGAUGAGAAAUCGGCUCCGGCCAUCGGCGCCGGUGAGAAAGAGGCGGAGGAGAGCACUGAGAGCGAGAAGCCGUCCGGCGGCGGCGCUGGGGAGUAUUUGAAGAUGGCAGAGGGUCUCCUGAACAAGCCCUCGGCCGGCGGUGAUGGAGACGAGAAGCCGGAAAGCGGAUAUGGUGAUGUAAUGAAGAUGGCCGGCGGUUUCUUGAACAAAUAA